GGAUGGUACCUCCCCGAGGCCGCCCACCCUUGUUAUGUGUUGUCCCCUUACUUCGACAUUGACUUCGCAGUUCCCAAAGCACCCAACCCACCUGUAGAUCCGUCUAGCACCGAGGUAAGUGCGGAAAUUAUGUAUAAUGUCCGUGCGUUUCUCGAACACCGAUUACCAAAGCCCUGA